CCGCAGCGUGGGCGUGAACGCCGUGUCCAGCGACUACGCGGCCGCCGAGACGUACCUGCGGCGGCGGCAGCUGCUACUCCGGGGCCUGCGGUCCUCGAUUCCCAAAGAAGGCCCCCAUCUCACUUGCUACCCAGUGCCGUCGCCUCAGUUUACCCCGCAGUGUCUGCAGCUAUGAGUUCUUCCCUGGGAUUCGGAGGAAGGGGUGUCUGGUGGUGUUUGCAGGUGAGAGGGUGGAAUGCAUCCCAGAGCAGGAAGGGACAGGGUGGGGUCACAUCAGCGGGUCAGGAGCGGGCCAGAGACCACAGAAGGAUUGAGUCUGCGCACCAGCACCCUGCUGUGUGGCUGCCGGAGAACGCUGGGCCGCCCUGGAGACUUCUCCCGGCUAAGGCUGACCUCACUAUACCCGUCUGCAAAUGGGUGAGGCGGGUGGCAGCUCCGACUGCGGACAGCUCUCUUUUUCCAGCGCUGGGCCAGCAGACGAUCUGCCCGCAGCCUUGCAGGCUUGUUCCAACAGACCAGAGGCGAGGGGCACCCUCCCCUCCCCAACAGUGGAAACCUGCAGAGCGUAGUGCCUGGGGCAGGGCAGGAAGGGCCCUGGGAAAUGCUUCCCUUCCUCAGCGACUCAAGAGAAAUAUUAGGGCUAUGCUCACCCCACAGUGGCCCCAGACACUCACCAGUGGCUUCCUGGAGGGAUGAUGCUGGGAGAUGCUGUAUGACCACAGGCGAAGCCCUGUCCCUCUCUGGGCCUCUGGAGGUCCAUCUCCGAAACGGGUUGAGGGAGGCGCUGGCUCAAUAGUGGCCUCCCUGUCCCGUUCCCUCAGGGCCACUACGUCCCCCUCCUCCUCAUGCGUCUGCAGUCAGUCCUUCCCCUGGCUUCCACUUGGCCCUGGGUGAAGGACCCCACAUUUCAGCGUCAAAGCCCCUUCUCCCAGGCUGAUCACUGCAGGUCCAGUCCCUUCGUCUCUGUUCUGGUCCCCAUCACGGGCUGCAGGUGACUGUGUCUGUUUAUGGUAGCCCCUCACUGAGGGCUCCAAGGCCUUGGGGGUCCCGGUGUUGCCUGAGCCAGGCUCAGAGGGAACGGCCAGGGAAGGGGAUAGGUUGGAGCGGCUGCUCAUCCCACUGCCACCAGAGAGCGCCGGCGACCCACAGACCGCGUGGAGGCCACUCCCGCAGGAGACAUUCUCGGAGUGGCUCUUCUCGAGGGAAACUGAGGCCCAAGGAGAGGGCGCCCCGCAGUUCUGGACCUGGGGGUGCCUGAGCGUCCCCUGAACUCGGUUCUGUGCGUGCGGGGACAGGGGCCAGGGGUGCCCGGAGCGGGCACGAGGGCUGGGGGGAGAGUGGCAGUUUGCCAGAGCCUGAAACCUGGGAAGGGAGCGUCGCUGAGGCGACAGCGCCGAGGCGCGACCGAGGGAUGGCGUGUCGGGAACCGGUUGAUGACUCGGGAGCGAGGCUUUUGCAGGGUUGGAGCUGGGGCUGCACCGUGAUCCGGGCACGACCCUGCGAGGUCAGCGUUGAUUCUGAUCUUUCUCCUGACUCUACAGACGUGGAAACUGGGGCUCCGAGAGAGUGUCACCUGCCUCGGGUCACCCGGCAGAGGGGGCAGCGGGCGCAGAGUGGAGGGCGGUCCCACCCCUUCCUUCCCGUCCCGGUUUGCGCAGAGGGAGACGGGCCAGGGGCUGUAGGCGCUUAGAUGUCACCGGGACCAGGGCCCCACCUCAACGCGGGCAGGCGGCGCCUUGAGUCCCCGCUGCUAGUGGCAGCGGUGAGUGAUCGCGCCUAGGGGCAGGGUACUCUGCUAGGUGACGUCAGGCCUGGGCCCUGCCUCUGGCCCUCAGUUUCCCCUCUUGACUCCGGGUGUCCGCGAGAGACCGGCUCUGGCCGCCCCAGCACUGCAGUUUCUCCUCCACGGGUCGGGGACUGUCGGGCGCAGCCCACUGGGAGCGCAGGCGUUUGUUAUUUUCCUCCACGCCCGGGCGGAGCCACGCCCCUCGUCGCGCUAUUGGUAAGAUCCCUUCUGGGGGCGGGGCUGGCAUCUAUCCCCGCCCCCGACCUGCCGCAUAAAAGCGGCGCCGCUGUGAGGCGCGUGGAUUGUCCCGUCCGCUCAGCGAGUGCGCCUGCGCGCGCAGGGAGUAUUUGCGUCCCGAGGCUGCGGAGUCUCGGGUUCGAGGCCAGGGUGUGCGCGUCGUGGGUUCGCAGCCCCGGCACGAUGCUGUUCGACAAGGUGAAAGCGUUCGCGGUGCAGCUGGAUGGCGCGACCGCGGGCGCCGAGCCAGUGUUCAGCGGCGGCCAGGCCGUGGUGGGCCGCGUGCUGCUGGAGCUGGCGGGCGCGGCGCGCGUGGGGGCCCUGAGGCUGCGCGCGCGGGGCCGCGCCCACGUGCACUGGACCGAGUCUCGCAGCGCGGGCUCGAGCACCGCGUACACCCAGAGCUACAGCGAGCGCGUGGAGGUCGUGAGCCACCGCGCCACGCUGCUCGCGCCAGGUACGCGUCGGGGACCCGGCUCCGCGCGCGAGCCGUGCGCCCCCCACCCCGACGGCGGGACCCCCAGAACGCCCACGCAGCCGCUGAGUCGCCCCUUCUUGCUCCCACCUGCAGACACCGGCGAGACCACGACGCUGCCUCCUGGGCGCCACGAGUUCCCGUUCAGCUUCCAGCUGCCCCCGACCCUGGUGACCUCGUUCGAAGGCAAACAUGGCAGUGUCCGCUACUGCAUCAAGGCCACACUGCACCGUCCCUGGGUCCCAGCACGCCGGGCAAGGAAGGUGUUCACUGUCAUAGAGCCCGUGGACAUCAACACACCUGCCCUGCUGGCACCUCAAGCCGGGGCUCGGGAAAAGGUUGCCCGGUCUUGGUACUAUAACCGUGGCCUUGUCUCCCUCUCCGCCAAGAUCGACCGCAAAGGCUACACACCAGGAGAAGUGAUCCCCAUCUUUGCUGAGAUUGACAACAACUCCAUGCGUCCUGUGCUGCCGCGUGCGGCUGUGGUCCAGACGCAAACCUUCAUGGCUCGAGGCGCCCGGAAGCAGAAACGGGUGGUGGUGGCCAGCCUCGCUGGCGAGCCAGUGGGCCCCGGGCGGCGGGCACUGUGGCAGGGCCGGGCACUGCGGAUCCCCCCCGUGGGGCCUUCCAUCCUGCACUGCCGCGUGCUGCAUGUGGACUACACGCUCAAGGUCUGCGUGGAUAUCCCCGGUACGUCCAAGCUGCUCCUGGAGCUGCCACUGGUCAUUGGCACCAUCCCCCUGCACCCUUUCGGCAGCCGAUCAUCCAGUGUGGGCAGCCAUGCCAGCUUCCUGCUGGACUGGGGGCUGGGCGCCCUGCCUGAGCAGCCUGAGGCCCCUCCUGAGUACUCGGAGGUGGUGGCAGAGGAGGAGAUGGCAGCCUCUGGGCAGGGCCCUUUCCCGCUACUGCAGGACGCCAACAUGAGCCUCGACGGCCCUUUCUUUGCCUACAUCCAGGAGUUCCGCUACCGCCCGCCGCCCCUGUACUCCGAGGAGGAUCCAAACCCGGCCUCAGAGGCCAUGAGGCCGCGCUGCAUGACCUGCUGAACGGCAGACAUGCACCUCGGGGCACACGGUUGCUGUUGGUCAUCGUGAUCGUGGGGAGCAGCAGGACUAAGGGCCGACCAGACUGACCGUGCUGAAGUUGGGGAAACCAAGUCUCACAGCUGAGCAAGGCUGCUCUGACAUCACAGGUCAGAGGCGCCAGGCUGGAAUCUGACUUCUGGACUGGCUAUCCUCGUGAGGCAUCUGAGACUCUGCCCAGCCUGUGGGCAGUGCUGGGGUCCCCCAGGAGCCUUCAGUCUGGGAGAAACAGAGCCAGAUAUAGAUACCUCCAGUCUCGUGGAACCAGAAUAAGAGACUUAAGGCUGAGAGAGUCCAGAGGGGACGCACAGAAGGCUUCCUGGAGGAGGGAGCAUUUUAGCUGAGGCUUUGUCGUAUGAACAGGAGCUCAGCAGGCAGACAAGCAAGGAGGAAAAGUGGGAGAAGGUCAGAGCUGAGUGAUGUUUGGAACCCACCCCCUUCAUCCUAGAACUGGGGGCUCAGAGGGUAGGUGCCUCAGUCGAGGCCACACAGUGAAGUCCGGUGGCCAAGAGGGCCCAGGAAUGAGACAUUCAGGAAAGCAGGUUGUCGGAGCUAUGUGGGCCGGCCUGGAGGUGGCUGGGGCAGCGGCUUCAGCCUUUGCAGACUUUGAAAGCCAGACAUUCUAGGCCCAGACUGGCACUGCCUGGGAGCUCCUCCAAGCGCCCCAGGGCAUAUGAGCUGCCUGGGUGUUGUACGGCUCAGGGAACCCAGGUUCAGGGCAGGACAGACAAGACCAGAAACAUAACUUGCAAAAUGAAAACCUUGGGCUCCCUGAUCAAGGAUUAAGAAUCACAGGACAGUGAAAGCAGAGCAUUACACCAGGCCCUGGGGACAGAGGUCAGCCUGGUGUGACACGGGACCAGAGUGCUUCUGGAGGUCCCCUGUGUCCUAGAGAAAAGCAUUAAGGGGGUAGCUGGACAAGCCCCUAACCGCAGAGUCCCAGCCAUGGCUGGGCAGGACCCUGCCUGGGACUCAGCAUUUCUGAUAAGCCUUAAGAAAUCAAUCCUCUUUUGUACAGUUAUUUUUUAAAAAUAAAAGUGUGAAGAAAGAGA